CAGCACCCCUUCAUUAUCGACGACGACGACGACCACUUCACUUUCCAACGCUGCGCUAUUUUACGACCCAGGAGUCUGAACCUCCCUAGUCCCUCCUUACUCUCCUCACCCAAUGGGUCAGUCUGUCUCAAGACAUCGUCCGUCGCGCUCGCCUCCACCUGCCCGCGAAGAUAACACGCCUCCCGAGCCUGGCAGUAGCAGGCCGUCACCAGCAGGCUCACGAACCGUAUCUUCCACCAGCAAACGCUCUCGUAGAUCUUCUCUUCGGCGCAGCCUCCUGGGGCUGGUCCCGCGUUCAGACUCGUCGACAUCCGCACGCAGCAACACACCGCCGUCGAGUGCCGGGGGCAGUCAAUCUCCCAAGAAACGAUGGCGCUCAUCGUUCGCAAGACGCAGCUCAAAGGCGCCUAUACCCCCGCAGCUAGCAGAGUUGCGGCAGGAGGAGGUCCAAACAGAGGCUACAGUGGAGGUUGGUGGCAGUCAGGCUGAGGAGCUGAGCAUGCCCGGUACGCAUACCCACCCACCGAUUCCUGACAUCGUCAUAUCGGGCGAGCCUCCACCAGAGGCAGAGGCCGUCAUUGCGCCCAAAGAGCACCAAGAAGUCGAUGCCGAUGUGAGAGAGUGGUUGGGCGAGCAGCAGGAGGAAGACACCUCGCGCGAGCCCGUCGCGCGUCCCGCUAGCGACAGCGCACCAGAGCCUACGCCUGCACUGGCUGCAGAACCAGAGACCCGCGUGGACGACGAUGUAACUCCCGCGAUUACGAACCCGCCUCCCGUGUCGACCGAGACAAAUCCGGACUCAUUGCCAGAAGCCGAGGCGCCCCUGCAGCCGCCGCGCCAAUUCCCGCCGCCUGGCACGUUAGUAGUCGUGCAAGGCGUUGUCAACACCACCGAUGUCCCCUCUGCGGAUAGCACAGCUUCGUCAUCUCGGCGACCAUCACGUUCGACGACACCCCGUCCGCCGGCUGGUCUACAGGCUUCAGCAGGGCAACGACAGGCGGAAUCUGCAUCCUUGUCUACGGUUCGCGAUGGCGAACGGUACGGUGGCAGGAACAGACUGUCCUCCUUCAUCAAUCGCUCGAGACCAUCGUCAGGUUCUCGGGCGGUGGAACCCGCAUCGUCAAAUCGCAACUCAGCUGUCUCUUCGGAUCUAUCGUCGAGUGUCACCAGCCAUGAUAUUGUCUCUGCGGAGGAAUCAUCGAUCGCAGACGACCUAGAUUCUGAGCAAGACGACAAUGACAUGCGUCCCAGGCCGUUAUCCCAGGGCAGCAUCGAUGUACUUGGAACACUACUCAGCGUCGCGGCAGCCGCCACCGCCGCUUCCUUAUUUUCUCCGGGCUUCGCUUUUCCUGGACCACACAACAGUAGCAGUAAUCCGGACGGAGCACGGCCAAUGUCGCCCACGCCAACAGCGGGCCUAGGGAACUUAGCGGGUUUGGGUUCUCUUGCCGGAUUAGGGGUGGACCCAUCUGGUACCAGUGCGGGCCAGGGCCAGGAUGCUUCACAACCUCGGGACGGCCGCGAUCGUAUCCGGAACGUCUGGGAAAGUGUGCGAGAUCGCCUAGGACUCCACCCUCGCGGUCAGUCUGACGGUACCAACCCAACUGAAGGUGACAACCCGAACGAGAUCCGUAUGCGCCCCGGCGACAUGUUUGCGGAGAUGGCGCGCGCACUCAAUAUCGGGCUAGGUCUCGGCGAUGGGGGUGUUCCUGGAUCACGCCAAUCGGACGCAAAUGCUGGAGGGGAUGAAUCGCCUGCGACAGGUGAAGGGGCUGGUGCUACAGAUGGCUCCGCUAGCGAUCGCGCUGAGCGACCCCCGCCGCCAGAAGACAGCUUUGAGCGUUUCUUGCUUAACCUUCAGGCGGAUCUUCGAGUAGCGUUGUCUGACGAUAGCGCUGGUCAGAGGGAGUCAAGAAGGGAGAGAACCAGCGUAGUCUCUACUGCUGCUUCCACAUCAGCCCUCUCCGAGGACCACCAGCCUGUCGCUGGCCCUUCCAACCUUCGCCGGUCGACUGAUUCCGCUCAGAUGGCUGAUGCAGAAACCCAAGCCACCGAGAGUCGUGGUGAAGACGAUGCGGACCUUCCGCCACUCCAAGAUGUGUCCGAUUCCGACUCUGACGAUGACGAUGAGGGCGAUGACGACGAGGACGAGGACGCUUCGCACGACAGUCACGCAGAUCAUCUGGAGGCACCCCGCUCACCGCGGACACCAACGCCAAUACCUACUGGCGCGUUUCCCUUCGGACCUGACACCCGGCAAGCAGGUGAGGGUGAGCGGAGACCACCAGGCGUCAACCUAUGGCGGUUAUACCGUUUUGCGCCUAUUCCAGCUUCUCAUACAGUUGUACAUGCGGCCAGCACGAGUACGACCACUACAAGCCCCUCUGCAGACGCCCAGGCCGCUCCUUCGCCUGAGGCACCUACCACAGCCGACGAGCCCGAAGCUGCCUCCGCAGCUGAGACGGCACCCACUGCUGCAGAGAACGCAGAGGGCGACGCGGCUCCGUCAACACUACCUGCGACAGAUCCGAACGCGAACGUGGUGGUGCCUGUCAUUGUGGUUGGCCUUCAGUCCGUCGACAUGAACCGCAAUAACGAUACCGCACAUGCACACGGCGACGCUGACGCUGCCCAGGCCCACGACGACGCACUCUCGUCGGAGAGUGAUUCGCGUUCGUCAGGCGAGUGGCGGGAUUCAUCUACUCCCGGGGCAGGUGCUGGCCAGUCGCAACCGCGUGGGAGGACGUGGCAGUCUCGUGCGGCCAGUGCACUCAGGGGCUUGAGGCCUGGACGCCGUUCGUCGAGGAAUCGACAGAACAGGGACACGACGGGUGCGAGGACAUUCUUGAUUUAUGUCAUCGGAGGUUAUUACCCGCCAAAUCACCACAUGGUCACUGGCUCAGACAGCCUCGACUCCUAUGAGGCGUUGUGGGAACUUGCCGAGCUGUUGGGCCAGGUGAAGCCCCCGGUCGCAACACGGGAAGACAUCGACAACUCCGGCCUGCAGAUCAUCAAGUCCUCAGAGCUGUCACGCUAUGAAGAGGAAGGCCGCGUUGCACACAAUUGUGUUGAGCGGUGUCUCAUCUGCCUCGAGGACUAUGAUCCGGAAGAAGAUCUACGUCUCAUGACUUGCAAACAUGCCUACCACAAGGAGUGUGUUGAUAAAUGGCUGCAAGUUGGCCGGAACAAUUGCCCUGCUUGUCGGACUAAGGGUGUCUCCACUUCCGGCGAUUCCCCAUCCUCAUAGUUGUCUCGUCAGACGUCGAGGUGCAUUUGUAUCAUAAAAGCAGCACAUACUCAUCGUCUCUCCUUCUCAUUCCCAAUGGACUAUCUCUCAGAGGCCCCCGGUUCCGCAUUCAUUCGUCCGCCCCCGUCUGUAGUUUCGCGUCGAUAUCUGCUCUCAUAUGUAGCAUCGUUCACCCUCCCUGCUCCGUUCGACUGUUCCCGAUCCGUCUUGCUGCUGACUGGCGUUGUCAAGUAUAAUAUGCACGAUUCCGAGAUGGCAUAUACAGUUCGAUUCUGCGUCAAUACAAGUUACUGUACGUUAUUAUGUGAUUGAUUUCCUGCGCAA